CUCCGAUACCAAAUUGCAAGGAAUAUGAGCAAGAGCGAUAUAUAGAAACCAAGUUGCAAAAUAUCAUGUAACAAGCAGAGAGCUCAAGUGCACUAAGAUUCAAUUCAAAUAAGAGCGAUACAAUGAACUUGUGAGCCAAUGUCCAAGCCCUCAGGCCACACCAACGUAGUAUUCAAUGUCGCUCCUACCUAUGUUGUUGCAACAGGCUCACUUCGACUUCGAAGACCAAUGUACAUGACGUCAACACCAAUGUCGAUCUCGCACAUACACCAGAGGCAGGAUUGGGGCCAGCCGGCACCAUUGAUGAAGGACAUGAUAAUAUUGGCAGCAUGUGAAGCCAAUGAGUCACUUCCGCAGCACCGUGAUUUGCCCGCUGAUGUUUUCACUUCAUGCCUCACAACACCCAUCAGGACUGCACUACGAUGGUUUGUUCCCCGGUCAUCAUACAAGAGUAAGCUGGAAACGGAUAUCUAUGAGCGGAUACCAGGAAGGCAGAGUGAUAGGAAGACAAUGCUUGGUGAACUGAACUGGAUCUUCACGGCUAUAACUGACACAAUUGCGUGGGAUGUCUUACCGAGAGACCUUUUCCAGCGCCUGUUUCGCCAAGAUUUACUGGUGGCUAGCUUGUUUCGUAACUUUUUAUUGGCUGAGAGGAUUAUGCGGUCACUGAACUGCACCCCUCGUUCACAUCCAAAGCUUCCCCAAACACAUGAACAUCACAUGUGGUCUGCGUGGGAUAGGGCAGCAGAAAACUGUCUAUCACAGCUGAGUCGGAGUAAGGAUGAGGAAUUUCAGCCAAGUCCAUUCUUUUCAGAACAGCUACUGGCGUUUCAGGAGUGGCUAAAAUACGCUACAGAAACGAGUUACCCGCCGUUGCAAUUGCCGAUUGUCUUGCAGGUUCUCCUCAGUCAAUCGCAUCGACAUAGAGCUCUCGAACUGCUGGGCCAGUUUCUUGAUAAGGGUUCAUGGGCGGUUGACCUGGCCUUAUCUGUCGGUAUAUUUCCAUAUGUACUCAAGCUGCUUCAGACAAGUGCACCUGACUUAAGAGAGCUUCUUGUCUUCAUCUGGACAAAAAUCCUGGCAUGGGACAAGUCAUGCCAGGUGGACUUGGUGAAAGAUAAUGGCCAUAUGUACUUCAUCAAGUACUUGAGGAGCGAGGAUGUGAAUGCCGGACACAAUAUGGAGUACAAGACAAUGGCGCUCUUUGUUCUGAGUGUCAUAGUGGACAAGCAUCCAAAGGGGCAGGAGUCAUGUUUGGUUGCAGGUCUUCUUGAUGACUUGCAAAGGUAUCUCAGGGAGGCGACAGAGAGAGGCUUAGACCGAUCCUUCAUUCGCUGGGUCUGUCUUUGCUUAGCGAAGCUGUGGGAUGGUCAGUAUGAAGUCCAAGGCUCGGCAUUUGAGAAUGACAUCUUGUCACUCAUGGUGCCGCUCUUGGAAGAUCCAGAACCAGAGGUCCGAGCAACUGCAGUAUAUGCUCUUGGAACAUUGCUUAGUGUGAACAAAGAUGACCUUGAUGGUCUCGCAGAUGAUGCAGCAGAGGUGGAAGAGAGAAUGAGGAAAGAGCGUGAAAUCGCACGUCGAAUUUGGCCAUUGUACAUUGAUGGCAGCAUUCCGGUGCGGAGGGAGCUGGGAAUCGCCAUAAUGCGGCUGGCCCAUGCCCAUAAGCCUCGAUUUCAGCUGGCCGCAGCAGCAUACAUGAAGCCUCCAUUGAUGCCGAAGCAAACACUGAAGGGUCUGCACCCGAGUUCUUCGUUCCCAGCAAUAACACUGCCAGGAGCUCUGCGGCCAGGAAGGCAAUCACCGCGUGUUGUAUUUCAAGGUAUGGGAGGUGCUGAUCUCCACAUCGGUGCAGGCAUUCCGCAAAACAGUAUAACCACAGGCUUGAUGCACGGUAGAGACCCAUCAUCGGAUCCAGGGAGAGAUGGACUUGGAUUACAACUGGUGAAUCCUGGCUCAAGAUUGACUCAAGGAGGUGAUCAGCAAUCACCAGACACAAAGGUAAUGGGUUCAGCCCCAAUCAGAGCAGAUCACAUGCGAAACCUGGGCGAGAUACCCUUGUCUUCAGCUGCCUCUCCUCCCAAUGGGACUCCACCGUCGCCGGCUCUGCAUGGAUCCCUUGGAUCAGAUUCAUCAUUUCACUCUGAUGAUGUGCUGAGGGACAGCAACUCUGUUGGCCUUCGGAUUGCCAUAAGUGAUGCAGCAAGGGCUACGGAUGUGGAGGACAGGAAGUUAACUCACUCGGUUGCUUAAUCCAGUGGUGAGAUUGAGGCUGAGACAUUUUCAGGACAGAUGUGGAGCUGUGUUAGGCGCGAAUCAGAACCCCAGCU